AAAUUUAUCUUAUCACAAAAUUAGUAUCUUAGUUUACUAAUGAUCACUAAGAUACAGAUAAACAUAGCAUAUAAAUUAAGUCGACCAUAUACACGGAUUCAGUAUAUUCAAUAACAUUAAAUGCAUUAACAUCUUUACAAUAUCUAUAACAAGAAAUCACUAUGGAACAAUACAACUAUGAAGGUGACAUCUCAAAUAUAAAUGAAAUACAACUCGAGUUUAUAAAUAAAGUGAUUCUAGAACAAGGCUUAAAAGCCAACAAAAUAGUUUUCCAACCAGUUGGAAAGGCUGGUGAUAAUUUUGCAUCAAGCGUUAAAAGGAUUAACAUUGAAACUGACAAUGGAAACACGAAAAUGAUUCUUAAAAUAGCGCCUUCAAUUGAAUUGGUUCGUCAAGCUACAAACACUGAAACUCAGUUCAAAAAUGAGCAUAUUAUGUAUACUGAAGUGCUACCUAAGUUUCUGUCACUUCAAAAAGCUGCAGGAGUACCUCAAGAAGAACAAAUAAGAUUCGCUAAAUGCUACGGAUCCUUCACUGAGCAACCCAACGAAGUUAUUAUUUUAGAAGACCUGAAUGAGUCAGAUUAUAUUAUGUUGGACAAGUUUAAGUCUUUGACUGAUGAAUGUGUCAAAAGUGUUUUGAAAAGUUUUGCUAUUUAUCAUUCCCUUUCAUAUGUACUACAGAAGCAAGAACCAGAAAUGUUUGAUGAAAUUAAGAGCAAAUUGACGAGUAUGUGGUCACUUGUGUUCGAAAAACCAGAUUUUAUUAUGAUGAUAAAAGCAAUGGAAGCUGAAAUGGUAGCACUGUUUGAUAAUGAUACUCACAAAAGUUUCCUAGAAAAUAAACUUAGCAAUAUCAACCAAAUACGGAAAGAUUUACUAAAGAACGAAGAUAAUAAACAUUCAGUAAUACAACAGGGCGAUGCUUGGACGAACAAUAUAUUGUUUAAACUUGGAGGAGAUCCAGUGCAGUCAGUCAUAAUCGAUUAUCAAGGAUCACAUUACGGGAACCCAGUAGUCGAUCUCUUUUACAUGAUUUUCAAUUGUACCGACCAUGAGACCAGGUCUAAACACUACUACGACUGGAUAGACUAUUAUCACUCGGAGCUGGACAAGUCACUGUCGAACUUUGGUAUGGAAGUCAGCUCUGUUUAUCCUAGAAACCAGUUGGAUGCAGAUUUGAAAAAAUACUCCAGUAUGCUUUUCAGUGUCUGCGCACUUGCUUCUAAUCUACUCAUGAGGGAUACAAACGAAGCCAGUGAACUAAUGGAAGCUAUGGAAAAUAUUGAAAUGAGUGAAAUGGUUGAAGCCAUGAAAAGUCAACAACUGCAGAGUAAGACGUGUGAUCGAAUUAAGAAGAGAGUUGGUGAUCUUAUAACUAGUUUCCAAGAAUUUGAGUAUUUGUUAGUAUUAAACGCAAUCAUGGCGCAAUACAAUAUCGAAGGUGAUUUAGAAAAUAUUACGGAACGCCAACUGGAGUUCGUUAAGAAAGUUAUUUCAGAACAAGACUUGAAAGUCAAAAAAGUUGUACUAGAACCAGUUGGAAAAGCCGGUGAUAAUUUCGCUUCAAACGUAAAGAGGAUCAACAUUGAAAGUGACAAUGGAAGUAUGAAAAUGAUUCUCAAAAUUGCACCAUCCAUCGAAAUGGCUCGCAUGAUGUCGAAUACGGCAAUGAUGUUCAAAAAUGAGCAUUGCAUGUAUAUGGAGCUAUUGCCAAAGUUUUUGUCACUACAGAAGGCAGUGGGAGUACCUGAAGAAGAACAAUUAAGAUUUGCAAAAUGCUACGGAUCUCUCACUGAGCAACCCAAUGAAGUGAUUAUUUUAGAAGACUUGAAAGAAUCAGGAUUCAGCAUGUUGGAUAAGUUCCAGUCUCUGUCCAAUGAAUGUGUGAGGAGCAUCUUAAAAAGCUUUGCAAUUUACCAUUCUCUUUCACAUGCAUUGUAUAAACAGGAUCCAGAAACUUUUGAAGAAAUCAAAGGAAAACUAACCAACAUUUGGACGCUCAUGUAUGAAAACCCGGAGUUUGUCAUUGUGACAAAAUCAAUGGAAACUGAAAUGUUGGUAUUUGUUGACAAUGAUGCAGAUAAAGAAAUACUUAGAAAUAAACUUAGCAACAUCGUUCAAAAGCGUUCUGAUUUAAUAAAAAAUGAAGAUAAUAAGUAUUCAGUUAUUCAACAAGGUGAUGCUUGGACUAACAAUAUGUUGUUUAAAGUGGGGGAAGAUUCGGUGCAAUCAGUCAUGAUCGACUACCAAGCGUCUAAUUUUGGCAACCCCGUAAUUGAUCUCUUCUACAUUAUUUUGAACUGCACCGACCAUGAAACGAGGUCCAAACACUAUUAUGACUGGAUAGACUAUUAUCACUCAGAGCUUGACAAGUCACUGUCAAACUUUGGCUUGGAUGUCAGUUCUAUUUAUCCAAGAGACCAGUUGGAUGCAGAUUUGAAGAAAUACUCAGGCGUUCUCUUCAGCUUGUGUAUACUCUUGUGUAACCUUCUAUUGAGAGAUACUGAAGAAGCCAGUGAGAUGAUGGAAGCUAUAAAGACUACUGAAUUGAGUGAAAUAGCUGAGUCUAUGACUAUCCAACAAAUGCAGAGCAAAACUUUUGAUCGAAUCAAAACGAAAGUGAAUGACCUAGUAGCUAGUAUGAAAGAAUUUAAUUUCGUGUGAUUUUUAUGUUUUUUUGUUUCUAAGCUGUGAUAAUUAAAUGAUGCAAUAAAUAUUUGUUAAAACCUG